CGCCACCGGAAAGGGCGGGAAGCGCUCCCUCCCCGAAUUCCGGUUCCGGCUGCGCGGGGCAGGGCGGGAAGAGGGCGCCAUCAGCGGUGCGGAGCCGCAACCCUGCAGACAUGUCGAUCGGAGUGCCCAUCAAAGUCCUGCACGAGGCCGAGGGCCACAUCGUGACAUGUGAGACCAACACGGGAGAGGUUUACCGGGGGAAGCUUAUCGAAGCUGAGGACAACAUGAAUUGUCAGAUGUCCAAUAUCACAGUGACAUACAGAGAUGGACGAGUGGCACAGCUUGAACAGGUGUACAUCCGGGGAAGCAAGAUACGGUUUCUCAUUUUACCAGACAUGUUGAAGAACGCUCCUAUGCUGAAGAGCAUGAAGAAUAAAAACCAGGGGUCUGGAGCAGGGCGAGGAAAAGCAGCUAUUCUCAAAGCUCAAGUGGCUGCGAGAGGAAGAGGCCGUGGUAUGGGCCGGGGCAACAUCUUCCAGAAGAGGAGAUAAUUUUGGUCUUCAGUGUCAUGCUUUUUUACUAAGGGAUGUUAACUUGGCUACAUGUGCAUUGGUAUUGGUUUUGUUUAAUAAAUGUUUCUGACAAAAACUCGUCUGCUCUUGUAUGACAGGGCAAAUACUCAGUAGGUUGACUGCAAAUUUAAAAUUACUUUGUCUGGAGAGGAGUGGACUUGGUAUCUGGAAUUGACUACUUUGUAUUUGUGUGGUUGAGUUUUAAAGAUCUUCAUGUUCCUUUCUUGUUUAGUUCUGUUCUCAUUUAUUCUCUAAAGAAUUAGAAGGUGUUGUUGAUGAAGAAUUUUUAAAUGGUGUGUUUUAAUGUAGUAUCAGCCACUGCAUUUAUGGAAUAUAGGGGCAAAGCACUAUGUUCUGCUCCCUGUGGAUCUACAGUAGAUAGAGGUCCAUCUUCAGAGCUGUACAUCGCACUCUUAUUCUUGCAUUUCUUAUGUUUCCCCUUGGGCAAAGGGAGGAUUUUUCAUUUGGAACACACACCUUUGAUAGCCUGAGUCUAUAUUUGCACCUACACACAGUCCUGUCGAAGGUCAGCGGAUCCACCUAAGCCAAAUGUAGCUGUAACUUGAUUUUGCUAAAAGUGUGACUGACUUAAAGGGUUUAAACAUAACGGUUCUAUUCCUCACUUCCCUGCAUACAGUCAGUUAUCAGUCUGUACCUGUAGGAACAUCUUGUCUUGCUUUUCUGCUGUGAUGCUGGGGAGGCUCCCUUCUGUGCAGACAUGAAAAUUGAAUUGAUGUAUCGAUUUGUUAAAUUGUCCGUAAAUAAAACUGUAUUUGGUCUCGCAUCAC